AUGUCUCCUCCUCUCCAAUGCCUCACAAUCUUCUUUGCCCUAAUCCUCUUCCAUUCUCUUCUCACCUCCUCCACUCUUCUGUCUCACCCCGAUCGGGUCACCCUUUUACCCGGUCAACCCCGGGUCGGGUUCCAGCAAUACUCAGGUUACGUCACCGUCGACGAAAAGAAACAGAGGGCUCUGUUUUACUACUUCGCCGAGGCAGAAAUCGAUCCAACCUCUAAGCCUCUUGUCCUCUGGCUCAAUGGAGGACCUGGAUGUUCAUCUUUGGGUGUUGGUGCAUUCUCUGAGAACGGACCAUUUAGACCCAAAGGAUCGGUUUUGGUCAAGAAUCAUCAUAGCUGGAACCAAGAGGCUAAUAUGUUGUAUCUAGAGACACCUGUUGGUGUUGGAUUCUCUUACUCAACUCAGAGCUCCUCCUAUGAGAGUGUGAAUGACAAGAUCACUGCAAAAGACAACCUUGUGUUCUUGCAAGGAUGGUUCCACAAGUUCCCUCACUAUCUCAAUCGAAGUCUCUUCAUCACUGGUGAAAGCUAUGCCGGCCAUUAUGUUCCCCAGUUAGCUCAGCUUAUGAUUGAGUACAACAAGAAGCACCAUUUGUUCAAUCUCAGAGGAAUUGCUAUUGGCAAUCCGGUUCUUGAGUUUGCGACUGAUUUCAAUUCGAGAGCUGAGUACUUUUGGUCUCAUGGCUUGAUAUCUGAUUCUACUUACAAAAUGUUCACGUCUUACUGUAACUACUCACGCUAUGUGAGUGAGUACUAUAGAGGGUCAAUGUCUAGUAUGUGCUCUAAAGUGAUGAGUCAAGUUAGCACUGAGACGAGUCGAUUUGUUGACAAAUAUGAUGUCACCCUCGACGUCUGCAUCCCCUCUGUGCUGUCUCAGUCCAAAGUCGUGAGCCCCAACGUGAGUCGCAACGUAAUAAACAUAAAUACUUCAAGCUUUGUUAUUAAUUCUGUGACUGUGUUUAUGAACUUUGUUGCUUUUUCUUGGGAUGGACAGCAAGUGGGAGAAUCUGUGGAUGUCUGUGUGGAAGAUGAGACAGUGAACUACCUAAACCGAAGAGAUGUGCAGGAAGCUCUUCAUGCCAGGCUCGUCGGAGUACGCGAAUGGACAGUUUGCAGCAAUGUGCUUGAUUACCAAUUGCUUGACGUGGAGAAACCGACGAUUAAUAUCGUAGGGAGCCUUGUUCAAGCUGGAGUUCCGGUUCUUGUCUAUAGUGGAGAUCAAGAUUCCGUGAUCCCAUUGACAGGAAGUAGAACUUUAGUUAGUAGAUUGGCCAAACGAUUGGGACUAAGAACAACUGUGCCUUAUCGAGUCUGGUUUGCAGGACAACAGGUCGGUGGGUGGACUCAGGUCUAUGGAAAUGUCUUGUCAUUUGCAACGGUGCGAGGAGCUUCACACGAGGUCCCAUUCUCACAGCCUGAGAGAUCACUUGUGCUGUUCAAGGCGUUCUUGGAUGGUCAUCCUCUUCCUGAAGAAUUCUGA